CUCAAGUGAGAUUUGCAAUAUUCUGGUCUUUAAAGGACAUAAAAUUGAAAAUGUGCUGAGUAUAUUGCAAAUGAGUAUAGAAUACUAUUUUGAACAAGGAAUGCAUCUAAAAUACAUUAUUAGCCACAUGAUGUCGCUGUGUACCACAAAGUCUUGUACUGGAAAUGUACUGGCAACAAAACCUAGGGAGGAAGUUCCAUUUCGUCACUGCCCAUAAAAGAUAAAAUCGGUAAGGAGAUAAAUUACUGAAAAUAGGAAGUAAAAAAAGCAUAAUUUUUAAGUAAGGAACGAGCGGUACGAAAGGAGUUGUGCUUUUGCGAUGCUGUUGCCUAGGCGAGGAGGCCCGGGAGCCCGGCGUCUGCUGCUGUCGCUUCUGCUCCUGACAGCCUGGGAUGCGGGCAGCGGCCAGCUCCACUACUCGGUCUCCGAGGAGGCCAAACACGGCACCUUCGUGGGCCGCAUCGCCCAGGACCUGGGGCUGGAGCUGGCGGAGCUGGUGCCGCGCCUGUUCCGGGUGGCGUCCAAAGGCCGCGGGGACCUUCUGGAGGUAAAUCUGCAGAAUGGCAUUUUGUUUGUGAAUUCUCGGAUCGACCGCGAGGAGCUGUGCGGGCGGAGCCUGGAGUGCAGCAUCCACCUGGAGGUGGUCGUGGACAGGCCGCUGCAGGUUUUCCAUGUGGAGGUGGAGGUGAAGGACAUUAACGACAAUCCACCGGUUUUCAGAUGGAGAGAACAAAGGUUGUUUAUUCCUGAAUCUAGACUGCUGGGUUCCUGUUUCCCUAUAGAGGGCGCUGCUGAUGGGGACAUUGGUCCCAACGCUCUUCUAACAUACACCCUCAGCCCCAAUGAUUAUUUCUCUUUGGAUGUACAGGCAAAUGAUGAACUAAGUAAGUCACUUGCUCUUGAAUUGAGGAAAUUUUUGGAUAGAGAAACAACACCAGAACUUCAUUUGUUAUUGACAGCCACUGACGGUGGCAAACCAGAGCUGGAAGAUACAGUUCAGCUGCUGAUCACGGUGCUGGACGUUAAUGAUAAUGCCCCGUCGUUUAGCCAGUCCGUGUACAGAGUAUAUUUAUUAGAGACCACGGCAAAUGGAACAUUAGUGACAACAUUAAACGUCUCUGAUGCUGAUGACGGUGUAAAUGGCGAAAUUGUCUUUUCCUUUGGCAAUGAUAUUCCCUUUAACAUUCAGAAAAACUUCAAAAUUGAUUCCAGCUCAGGACAAAUUAGGCUAAUUGGCAAACUGGAUUAUGAAGAAACAAAAUCCUAUGAAAUCCAGAUAAAAGCAACUGAUAAAGGAAGUCCUCCCAUGUCAAAUCACUGCAAGGUUUUAGUGAAAGUGCUAGAUGUAAAUGACAAUGCUCCGGAACUGUCAGUCACGUCGUUGACCUUGCCUGUUAGAGAAGACGCGCCACUCAGUACCAUCAUCGCCUUCAUCUCCGUGUCCGACCGUGACUCCGGUGCCAACGCGCAGGUGACCUGCACCCUGUCGCCCCAAGUCCCCUUCAAGCUGGUGUCCACUUUCAAGAAUUACUACUCGCUGGUGCUGGACAGCGCCCUGGACCGCGAGAGCGUGGCGACCUACGAGCUGCUGGUGACAGCGCGGGACGGGGGCUCGCCUCCACUGUCGGCCACCGCCAGCGUGUCCGUGCAAGUGGCCGACGUGAACGACAACGCGCCGGCGUUCGCGCAGCCCGAGUACACGGUGUUCGUGAGGGAGAACAACCCGCCGGGCCGCCACAUCUUCACGGUGUCGGCGCGCGACGCGGACGCGCAGGAGAACGCGCGGGUGUCCUACUCGCUGGUGGAGCGGCGCGUGGGCGAGCGCGCGCUGUCGAGCUACGUGUCGGUGCACGCGGAGAGCGGCAAGGUGUACGCGCUGCAGCCGCUGGACCACGAGGAGCUGGAGCUGCUGCAGGUCCAGGUGAGCGCGCGCGACGCGGGCGUGCCGCCCCUGGGCAGCAACGUGACGCUGCAGGUGUUCGUGCUGGACGAGAACGACAACGCGCCCGCGCUGCUGCCGCCUGGGGCGGGCGGCGGCGGCGGCGCGACGAGCCAGCUGGUGUCGCGGUCGGUGGGCGCGGGCCACGUGGUGGCCAAGGUGCGCGCGGUGGACGCGGACUCGGGCUACAACGCGUGGCUGUCGUUCGAGCUGCAGGCGGCGGCGGGGGGCGCGCGCAGCCCGUUCCGCGUGGGGCUGUACACGGGCGAGGUGAGCACGACGCGCGCGCUGGACGAGGCGGACGCGCCGCGCCAGCGCCUGCUGGUGCUGGUGAAGGACCACGGCGAGCCGGCGCUGACGGCCACGGCCACCGUGCUGCUGUCGCUGGUGGAGAGCGGCCAGGCGCCCAGGGCGUCGUCGCGGGCGUCGGCGGGCGCCCGGAGCACGGAGGCGGCGCUGGUGGACGUCAACGUGUACCUGGUCGUCGGCAUCUGCGCGGUGUCCAGCCUGCUGGUGCUCACGCUGCUGCUGUACGCGGCGCUGCGGUGCUCGGCGCCGCGCAGCGAGGGCGCGUGCGGGCCGGGGCGGCCCCCGCUGGUGUGCUCCAGCGCGGUGGGGAGCUGGUCGUGCUCGCAGCAGAGGCGGCAGCGGGUGUGCUCUGGGGAGGGGCCGCCCAAGGCCGACCUCAUGGCCUUCAGCCCCAGCCUACCUCUGGGUUCGAACACUUCAGAAGGAAACGAACAUCUAGAAAGAAAUUCAGAUCUUUGUGCUAAUGUAAGUUCACCUUCCUAGUUUUUGGUUUUAAUUUUUUUAAAUUGACGUUAUCCAACCAAUUUUCAAAUGCCACUCUUUAAAAGGUAUUCAAGGUAUUCACUAAUAUUGAAACAAAUCUUACCACGUAAUGUAGAUACUUAUUGGGUGACUUGCAGUUGCACGUUGAAUGGAAUUUGGGACAAAAAACAAGGACAAAUUGUCAUACGCCUCGAUUAAAAUAGGAUAGUAAAUCACUGAAAUUCUAACUUGUCUUGAACAUAUUUAACACAGGAUCUAAAUAUAAUCAAAUACAGUAACAUCUCAGGUAUA